AUGUCUAAAAAACUAUCGGAACAAGAUAUCAAUAUUUACAGAAAUAUGUUUGAAAAAAUUGAUUCAGAUAAAUCAGGCACGAUCGAUCGGCUUGAAUUAUUUACCAUGAUGAAGGAACUGACCGAUGGAAGGAUUACAGAAAAUGAUGUGGAUCAAAUGAUGAAAGAUGCCGAUAUGGACGGAGAUGGCAGAAUUGACUUUGAAGAGUUUGUUAAACAGAUGGAAAAGUUUUAA